AAAAAAAAAAAAAAAAUAUAUAAAAGGAAAAUAAUUAUGUCGGAUAGCUUAUUUUCACUACCAUGUUCACGCUGACAUUAUGAGCACCUUCAAGAGAAACGAGGUGGAAAGUAGUAUGGCCAUAUGUUUUCGGUAAGUUAGAAAUAUUGUUGUUUCUGUCUUAGACUCUUUCUGUUGACAGAGAAAAGGAGGUUACAGUGAGGAUGAUGAAUUAGAAUUUUCUCUCUUUGAUGAAGAUAACGGUACCGACUAUCACCAGAAAAGUUCCAGUGCUACCCAUACAAAACACAAUGCUGGAAUGCUCUACUUACCAACAAUGGCUUCAAUCUCACAUUCUGAUGAAGAGAUUAUUUCUGAUGAUGAGAAAAUUGAUCAUCCGACUAUUGGAAAUGCAAGAGGGAUUGUGGACUGCACAUGGUCCGAAGCAAGCCGAGAAGUGGAGGCAUUAGUUUGCUUAAAUGACAAUUCUAGCCGCCAUCCAUCCCAUGGUGCCUUUGUGAAAGAGAGGAAGUCCUCUAAAGGUGGAGAGGGAAGGAAUACAGCCAAGCCCAAAUUUGUAUUCCUUCACGAUUCACGUAAGGAAGACGUAUCUAUGGUUAUUAGUGAUAGGCAUGGAAUAUCAUCCGAGAACAGCCCAACACCAGAUGAAAUUAAUGCUGCAGCUGAUGAAGACACGGAUGAACUUAUGUCUGAUUGUCAUCCGAUUUAUCAUGAUAAAGAAUCUCAAGACUCAGAAAACCGUUGUGUCCCCUAUGAACAGGCCCAAAAGAAUGAUUUCAAAGGGCUUUCGAUGGCUGAGUUUCUAUACAGCUUUGACAAGAGCAGCAACAAGCUGCAAGGAAGGAUAGAACAUGAUAUUGAGAAAGAACAAAGAAGAAUGCAGAUGAUUGUUAAAAGAAAUACAUCUGAACAGGGUGAUACGAAUCAGGCUGAGGAUGACCCACUAGAGUCUUUGGAUAGUGGAUCUCUCAUUUGUAGCGAUGAUGAGUUGGUUGUCCCUAGGACCAUGACCGAUCAGUUUCAUGAAGCUUUUGGAAUGGUUUCUGCAAUUGAUGAGGGGCCACAAGUAACUUUUCCGAGGCCAUUUGGAAUGCAUGGGAAGUUGCAGCAAGUAAUGCAGCAUGAGAAACAAGUUUACUUGAAGAAUCUAAGUGGAGAAACUGAUUUUAAUGAUGAAAAAAUGUGCAUUUCUGUGAGGAUUCUGACAAGGUCUCUGGAAGCAAAGCUGAUUGUUUGUUCUUGCGCUCUUGUUGAAGACACAAAGAGCUCAUAUUGGGAGAGUAAUGUAGAACUUAAAGUGAAAGGCAAACAAAAGACAUUGACUAUCAUCUUCAACCCGAGGGUUUGUAAGGAUGUUGAGCUUGAAGUCGGCAACUUGAUCAGCAUACGUCCGCCAUGGACGGAAGUGCCGGUGAAGGAGAAAGAUGAGGUGAUCUAUUUAUGCUUGUAUUUUACACAGAUUAAUCCAUGAACAGUCUGUAUUGAAAGUUUUUGCUUGAAGACAGCAUCAAGCUUGAAGGGCCGAGACAGAGCAGACUAUACUGGAAAUGUUAUGUUUUCUCAUCUGAAUAGCGACUGAAGAGAAACUGAGUUUCACUGUUUUUUCUUUGUCAGGAAAUACUCUGUGAAUUUAUAUUUACUACACCCCUAACAUUUACUUUAUAUUACACCCCUAACAUAAGUGGGUGAAACUUGUAAAAUGGUGCUUUGAAAAACUUGUAUGCUAGUAUUACUUCAGUUUCAUGUUUUAGUUUCUCCAAUUAAAUUUUGUUUCUGGG